CUCCCAACUCCCAAUUCUCUCGCCCUCCUCUGCUCUCAACAACACGAACAUGAAGAUCACCAUUGCCGCAUCUCUGCUCCUCACCAUCGUCGCGUGCGUCUCUGCGGCUGCCGUUCAGCCUCAGGCCACAGCUGCCCCUCUUGAGAGGCGCCAGGACAACAGCUACUUCUCAUCGCUGUUCGCCAACAAUCCCGUCUUCAACACCGGCCUGCAGGUCAUUCAAUCGGCCCAGGCGUCGGCUUUGAGGGAUCCGCAGUUCCGCUCCGACUACCUACAGGCCCAAACAGGUGGCGACCCCGGCCCUUUCAUCUCGCGGGUCAGCUCCGCCUACGCAAACCCCACAUAUUCGUCGGCCGUCUACCAGAGGUAUGGCACGUCCACUGCAGACGCUGUCUGGUCCUUGCUCUCAGGCCUCGAGAAGACCUACGCCGCACAGUCUACGUCGCGUGCGGGGUCCUCGAGCAGCGGCGGCUCGAAUGCUGCACCUUCUGCGAUGCAAGCCCCUCUUGCCGCCGGGAUCACUCUCCUCGGCGCCACGGCAUUCGUACUUGCCAUGAUCUGAGCCUUGCGAGCGGCAAGCGAGGGAGGAUCUUCAUGGUCAGCAGAGACCUGUUCCACGGCGAGCAAAGCGUUCCCCCUGCCGUGGCCUGCGGUGGGCUUCCUGCAUCACCAUCCUGCUCAGUCCUCUUGCUGCCUCACA